AGCUAGACUUUAUUGCUACACCAAGCAACCACACAUAUCAAGAUACUAAUAGGAAUAUGAGUCACGGCGUGCCCCGCGUCGCGGUCGGCGAGAAGACGGAAGCCUCGCGCAGGAAGGAGCUGAAGCAGAUUGAAGCGUACCAGGGCCUGGUCGACAAUGUACAAGCAAAGAUCAAGGCAGAGGAAUACACGGCCGAAACGCUGAGCUUGACGUCUGCGCUGCUCAGCCAGAACCCCGAAUACUACACCAUCUGGAACCACCGCCGACUCGUCCUUCAACAUGUCUUUGCCAAAGAGAUCCACUCACCGCCAGCUGAAGAUGCUGAGUCGAAGCCACCGCCAGGCCUGACGCCAGCCCAACACGAAAUUACUCUCCUGAUCCGCGAAGACCUCGCUUUCCUCCUCCCGUUGCUCAAGCAAUUCCCCAAAUGCUACUGGGUCUGGAACCAUCGCGCAUGGCUCCUUCAACAAGCCUCGCAGUACCUGCCUGUCACAUCAGCCAAGCGCCUGUGGCUUGAAGAGAUGGCCCUGGUCAGCAAAAUGCUCAGCUACGACUCGCGCAACUUCCACGGUUGGACCUACCGCAGAGAAGUCGUCAAGUCCAUAGAGCUUCUCUCCGCCCAGGAACAACUAUCGGCCCUUGAGCUUGACGACAAGACAGAAGAGAAGAAAGAGAAGAAGCCAGAUCAGUCAAUGACCGAGUCCGAGUUUGCAUAUACCACUAAGAUGAUCAACACGAAUCUGUCAAACUUCUCCGCCUGGCACAACAGACUACAGCUGAUACCCAAGCUCUUGAAAGAGAGAAACGCAGAUCCUGCUGCGCGCAGGAAGUUCCUGGACGACGAGUUCGAACUCAUCAUCACUGCUCUUUACACCGAUCCUGUUGACCAAAGUCUAUGGUUCUACUACAACUACCUCAUGACGAAUCUGUCUCCCAAGACGUCUCCUGAGUUGAGAAUCGUCGCUGAUCUGACAAACAAACAUCGCAUCGACUAUCUUGACACACAGUUCGAUCUGCUGAAAGACAUGCUCGAGGACAACAAGGACUGCAAGUGGAUCUAUCUAGCUCUGGUCACAUACACGCCCGAGUACCUCGAAAUCGACGCUGGCAACAAGAAGAUCACUACACUCGAACUGUCAGACUGGCUCGACCAACUCGAUCAACUAGAUCCUUUGCGAAAGGGUAGAUGGUUGGACCUGAGAAAGUCGUUGAAUCUAUAAUGCCUCUAGAUACCUUUGAUCAUGCAACUUUAACUUAUAUACACGAAAAGUUUUGAGCACUACUUGCUCGCUCAAGCCUUCCAUCUGAGCAUCGUGACCGAGUGCUUGGGGAAAGUGAACUCGCCCUUGCUGUCCCAUUUGGUUUCCUUGAUGACAACCUCCUCCUCGUUGCCGUUCGUGUUGGCAACCAUGGGGUGCUCACCAGUGACAGUGUAAACAGUGACUGAGUCGCUGCUGACACCCUCAAGCUUGGUAGAAAAGUCCUUGCUAUCGCUGACGUUGACGACAGCCAUACUGACAAUGCCCUCCUCAUUGAUGGUAGCAGAAACAUCCAACCAGGGAGUCUCGAUAGUACCACGG